GGCCCUGCUCGCCGUAGAGGGGUAUCAUCAAGACGUGGCGCAGUUGCAGGAGGAAACGCGUGAAGCGCAUAGACUCCUGAGGCGCAUAACGUGUGACCAAGAUGUCGGAGCGGUGGAUUUGAGCGAAGAAGAGGAAGACUUUCUAGAAGGAGAUGAGGGUGAAAGACCUUCCGGCAGCCCUAUGGGCAGUCCUACCUCGUCGGGUGGUGGAAAUGGAGAUGGUAGUAGUUCUUGUAAAAUGAUGAUAGAUCAUGACCACGACGACGAGCAUGUUGAGGACGGUCUUCACAGUGCAGCUUCAGCGAGACAUGAUGGAAUAACUACUGCCGUUGGAGGGGGGGAUUUUAGUGGAAACGAGUUGACAAAUGACCAUAGCCAGACAUGUAGCGUGGUCAGUGCUCUUCAGGAGAGAAGUGGUUGUAGACCACGAGCAGGGAGUUUCAGCAAACGAUCGUCGUUACCAUGCGAGAAGCAACAACAAGAUCAGGUUACUCGAGUAAAGCAGUCCUACAUGGCGCAGCUGACAGCCUUAACGAACGAAUACCGUGCUACCGUCACCGCGAAAAACAGCGAAGUAGCUCAAAUCGAGUGCGAAUUAGCCUUGCUUACAGACGAGCAACCCAAGAGUGCUGUAGGAGAUGAUGAAGGCGCGAGUGCUGCUUCGUCAAGACCACCAUCUUCUGGUGGAGCGAGGCGAAGGGCCGGGUCUAUCUCUAGUACAACGACAACGCAGAAGGGAGGCACACGCACAUCAGUGGGAAGACUAGGUGUUCAUCGAGACCGGCUUAUGGAGAAGCGUCGAUACAUCCGAGAACAGCUAUCUAUUGCCUACCGUGACUGGCGAAAGGGACGACGCACACUCUUGGACAAGGCGAAAAAGGAUACGCAACUUGCAGAAGCACGAAGAUUCGCACAGUUUGAACACGAGGUCGACUCGUUGCGACGCCAGGUUAACGCUAUUCAUGUGCGGAGCAAGAAGAUGACGAAGACAAUGUCGCGUGGUCGACGAGGUGGAGAGCAGGGACAAUGUGAAACUACCGACACUUGUGCUACUGAAGAAGUUUCGACCUUCUUUGCCAAGGAGUUACCACAAAAAGUGCGCGAGUGGGAGCAGGAAGGCGCGGCAAAGCUGCAACGAUUGUUAUGUGGGUUUUGUGAUAUAUGUCACUUUUGAGGUAGUACACAGACUAUGUAAGAAGUACUUGCGACUACUAGCGCAAACUUGUACUCUACGGCACCAUGGCUGCGCUUGACGUCUCUCGUUACCCCUCUUCUAACGUCUGAACAGAAGAUCGCAGCGCAUGACCGUAGACGUGAGCAAGAGCGUACAAACGUUGAGGUUCAACGCGAACAAGAGAUGCGAGAACUCGUAGCAUAUCGGAGGGAAAACGCUGUACAUGCAGCACGAAAGCGCUUGCGAGAUCAGAUGUUAUGGCAUUUUUUGUUCUGCUUGUAAAUGAAGAUCGGAUUCAACCAGAAAACAGGUCUUUAUAAUAGAGUCACAAACUCUCUCCUUCCCUCUAAGACCAGAAGCAGCAAAAGCGGCGGAGCGUGCGAGGCUAAGAGAGCAACAACAGGAACAGGAAGAAGAGGCGGCCAGGCGCAUGGAGCGAACACUGGAGAAGCUAAAGGUCGCUGCGCCAGAAGAUCCAGAGAGGUUGUUUUUAUGGACGUAUAAUCGACUAGCAGGAAAAACAGAACCACGUGUUCUUCUAGCAGGUAGUCGAAGAUUGCCUGCGCGUAGUUGAAAGGUUCGAUGAAGUCUCAGGAGCAAUUUCACGUGGUUAUAUGUCACCCUAUAAGUAAUAUUUCCACCAUUUUUAGAAUCUGGCGUCGGCAAUGUUGACCUUCCUGUCCAAUAAUUCCUCUAACAUCCCGCAUGUGCACGAGUGGUGUUCCACGAUAUUUCGAUCCCAAAGGAACUAUCUGUCGCAACCAGGUAGCGGAUGUCCAUGGAUACUUCGAGGAGAGGCUGCAACGAGAUCCGAGAUACCGAUUGUCUGCGGCGUUGCACAAAGCAGACAUGAUCCAGUCAGACGCUGCACGAUCAGCCUUGCAGUCGGUUCGCCCGGUGCUUGCAAAAAAUCACGCUCUCAAUUCCGCGGUCCCUGGAAUGCCUUUGGGAGUGUAGAGGAAGAGGACGUUGUGAGAGGAAGAGGACAUUGUGCUUCUGGAAGAGCGUUGCGACCAUUUGUGAGAGGAAGAGGACAUUGUGCUUCGAGGACAUUGUGCUUCUGGAAGAGCUUUGAGACCAUUCCCACUUACACGUUGAAUCUGCCCUGGAACACUUUUCAAGGAUGAUUAGAAACAUGCGCUUCUGGUGCCAUAUGUCC